AUGACUGAUACACAGCACUUGCAGGUAGCAGGUUCUCUACCGUCCGACCCCACUACAACACCAUCCGGUAGAGGUCAUCGACAUAAGAGGUCCCUUGCGAUCUCUGGGGACUUUGAUUUCCUCAAACAGCCGAUAUCGCUACCUCCUUUACCGUGUAAUACCCCAGAGGCAGAGAAGAAUAAUGUUGAGGAUACUAUUCAACUGACCGAACCACCAGGUAUUGUUGCUGACAAACAGAUCGGUUUUGAAGAUGUGUCAACACGGCCCACAACUGAUCGUAACUCAGCUGUAAGUCCUCGUUUUUUCAUAAGUGAAGAGCCCAAGUUCUCAUCACCAUUUCAUGGAGUACCAGACGCCAUUAUCAACUUGGAUGAUGCUUUGGAGACGAAGCCGAAAUCAUUUAAAUCGCAUAGAAGGUCCGAAUCUGCCCCUGCUGAACUGACAGUUUUACUGAGUGCCAAAACCAUAGCAAGGGAUACCCAAAUGAUAGAAGAAGAAGAUGACGACCUUGGUUCUGAUGCGGACCGUGGUGUUCCUGUAAUUAUGAAUGAGAGUAUCAGGGCAGGUUUACUCUCGCCACUGAGGCCCUCGUCACCCUCGCCAAUGAAUCACGCACAAUCUCCAGCAUAUGAUGAAUCACCAGCACGAUCACCUGUUAACUAUAAAAGCGAUAACCUUAACACGUUAAAGAUCAAUAGACAGAAGCAACGAUACUACCAUUAUACCAAGAAACUCCCAAUGAAUUCGGGUUCAAAUAUACAGCCUCAGUCCUUAAGAGAGAAAGCAUCUUCAAGUUCUCUCUCAUCUGCAUGCGUUAAGACUCCAUUAUCUGUCGACCACACGCCAUCGAAACAAGUUUCCACCCCAUCAACACCAGUAACUCCAAGUUGUUUGAAUACCCAUUGGAAUAGCUACGGCGUGGAAAGUAGUGGCAGGUUGACUAGUCCUUUUAGAUCACAGCAACUGCGCUCCCACAAAUUCACAAGUGUUGGUAACACGCCAAGUACAAGUUUCGGUUACGAAUCCAGAGUUUACGAUAUGCCACAUGGUAGGUCCAACUCAGAAUCGGUCUCUUCGAGAGAUGACAGAACGUUGAACAAGAAAGAUAUGUCUUUUGCCGAUGAUCAUGACGUGACAGAUGGAGAUAAAAGUGUCAAUGAUGGUGAUGUCUUACCUAUUUCAAGGGAACUACUAUUCGGACAGCCAGGCGAUUCUGUCGACCUUUCAUCCUUAUCAUCUCCCAGCAAAGAACAAUAUGACAGCUAUAAGAGCUCCAGUAGAGAGAACAGCAUUUUAACGACGCCGCGAGACGACGAAGAUAUUGUCCCGUCAACAACGGCUAAUGAAUCAUCAGAGCCACGGAGCGUUAGCGACAGCGCUUUCAUUGUACAAGGAUCACGCAAAGGCAAGCGUAAAAUGAGAUCCAGGCUUAACGUUUCUUCAUGA